AUGAGGGAUAAAGAGGCGGAGAAGGAGCAGAGACUCUUUGAUGGGUGGAGGGAGGAGUACUUUGAAAUCAUCGAACAACUACCCCUGGAGCUGCAUCGUUCCUUUGCCCUGAUACGCGAGCUGGAGGGACAGAUCAGGGGACACAUGGGCACGAUACGGUUGGAGACGGCUAGCUAUGUGAGGGGCAGGAGGGAGAGGGUGCGAGAGAGCGCGAAUGGCGAGGAGGAGGAGGAGGAGGAAGGGGAAGAGGAUUUCGCCACACCUCCCCUCCCCGUGCCUGGCGCAUCAGCCCCGGCCCCACUGGCGUCCCUCCAACCCGCACCUCCCGCACGACCCCCACCACCGUACACUCGCCCCUCGUCGCUCACACGCAUCUCCCGCUCCCUGACAAGCAUCAUAGCCUCGUCCGAGGAGAAGGUCGGCCUCGCCCUGAGCGCCUAUCAGCUGAUCGACAGGCAAUGCAGGCGAUUGGACGUCGAGCUGGCCAAGAUGACGGGGCAACAAGCAGGAUCCACCGCUGCCGUGGGGACGGGCACGGCGAACACGACUGCGACUGCGACUGCGCCGAGCGGGGAGGCGGUGAGGCCCGGAACGAUGGAGAGUGGGGUCAGUCAGAUGCAUAUCGGAGGAGUGGCAAAGGCGAAUGGCGGCACUGAAGAGCAGGCCAACAGCAGCAGCGGCACAACGCUCCGCUCUACACGAAGCAGGCGUGGCGGUGGACCGUCCCAGCAGUCAGGCGCCCCUCUCCCCGAGCCAAGCAGCACUGCCUCUGCCUCUACGUCUGCGGCUGCGUCUGCGUCUGCCCCUCCCCUCGCAUCCACAUCAACGCACCUCGACGUCGAAAUCGAAAUGGCCUACGACCCCAAUGAGCCCGUGUACUGCUACUGCCAGCUACCCUCCUCGGGCAACAUGGACGCACGCCGGGAUGUCCGCGCGAGUGGUACCACUUGGCCUGCCUGGAAGCGCGUGGUGAAAUGA